AUGCGGUCGCCGCCAGCUCCGGCGGAAGCAGAUCCCGCUGACGAGUCCGCUGUUCCGCCACCCCGCUUGACAUUCUCCCCCGACUCCUCCGCCUCCCCCGCCUGUUCCGCCUUCCCCGCUUCCCCCAAGCUGCUCGUUUUGCCGGAUUCUGCCUUCUUCCCUUCCCCGCGCAUCCCCGAAGCGCGUUUUACCUCUCCCCGGACAAGUACGCCCGCGACUUUCGAGCCGCCUCAAAACACUGCCCCGCGGCCUCCGGUCUUUCGUUCCGCGGCAUCUCCGCGGGCGUGUGGCACUGACUUGGAGGCGCCGCAAAAAUGUGGCACCGCGCCAACCACUCCCUCGUGUCCGCCCCUCGUCGAGCCGCGACUGCCCCGAGCGCGCACGUGUGUCGUUCAGGUGGAUAGCGACGGAAGCGCGCUCGCCGCCUCCACUGGCGCGUCCGCCAUCCGCAGAGCAUCAUCCGCCUCGUGCUACUCGCCCGCAUCUGCACAUGCGGCGAUUGGCGCGGUUGACCGUGUUGACCCGGUCAACGGCCACGUGUCAACGUGCGAAUGGGCUGAGUCUGCUGUCGUGGACACACUGAACAUUCCGCCAUGGGUUCGAGAGAAACUUUCCGUUUCCUGCGCGGAAGAGGCGCAGAAGAAUCAGUCGGCCGCGCUCACAAGAGUUCGUCGCAUAGACCGCGAAACGAUGGCGGACGGCGAGAAGGGAGCGGGACGCGUCGAGUGCGGCGGCGAGUGCGGCAAGGUGUGCAGCGGCGAGUGCGCGGAGGAUCGAAUCCGCGAGAGGGGCGCGGAAGGGGAGAAGCCGAGCCUGUGGGACAUAAUGCAGUGGGAAUCCGAUAUGAUCGCGUCCGCCUGCUCGACUGCCGCUGCGAAAUCUCCCCGACAACCGUUCUCUAAGCGGUGCCGCUCCGCGUCCGCUCUCCCCACCACUCCGCCUCCCACGCCGUCCGCGUCGAAAGCGUCGCUGACGGUCCAGAUCUGCAACGAUGCGAGCGCCAACGGCGGAGAUCUGUCGUUUUUCGAGGAGCUGCUGCUGGAGUUCGGCGCGGGUGAGGGGGAAGAGGCGGGCGGAGAAGCGGGCGGGGAAAUGGGGGAAGAACGGGGAUGGGCGGAAGAAAUGCGCAUUCCUGCGGAAGAAACAGCUCAGUUUGAGGAGGUUGCGCCUGCUGUGGCGCAGCUAGACGACAAGUGGGGUAAUUAUUCGGUGAAAAUGGAAGAUACGGGGAAAGAUGACGGCAGGGAGGGGUUAAUGAUCGACGAGGGGUGCGUUUUUGAGCGGAUUCAAGUAAUGGGGGACGAGGGUGCGGAGAUGGGGGACGACGCCAGGGAAGUGGCGGUCAACGGGGCGGAGAUGGCGGAGGAUGGAGUGGAGAUGGCGGAUGAGGGCGCGGGGAUGGCGGAUGAGGCGGGAAUUCCAACCAAUAAGCUUUUGCAUGAUCAGCCUGCUGCUGUCAGCAAUCUGCAUAGCAGUGUUCAGCUAGGGCGGAAACACGGGGAAGUGGGGGAGGCAGAAGCGGAGCAGCAGAACGCGCUGCAGUGUGGUUCACCGUUCCGUUCCGCGCAUGGUUCUCCGAGCGCCCCUGCUGGCGGAUUCGCGCAGAUGUGGUCGGAAGCGUGGGCCGACGAUGCGGAUGCGGAGAUUCCAGGCCUGGCGGGAAGCUGCGUGUUUCGACCGUGA